AUGGUCGACGUACCUUUGACUAGCGAUUCUAUCGCAACUGUUCGCUUACGCUUGCUGACAAGUACCGGCUCAAUCAUUUCGAGCAAUGAUUUUAGCCUAUUGACUCAUAAGGAGGCAACUCGAACAGCUUUCAACUUGAUGACCAGCCAUGGAUCACCCAACAAUUCAAACAAGGAUCAUGGUUUGCUUGCGCCGUUUUGGCUAUCAACACUGCGUGUAUAUGUUCUUCAAACCCCAGUGUCCUUCAGUCGAUAUAAUGUGCCUGGUGAAAUAGUUCGGCGUAUUCAGCUUAGCUCAAAGGGUGAUUGGUUAGAAGUCAACCAACCACCUGAAAAUCGUCGAUUAGAAAUGGUCUUAUCCAUUGAGCCACUUUCGAUUGGACAUUUGCGUUUGCGGUGUAUGUUGGAGGCAGUGGCUGAUCAGUUACUCUCUUAUGGUAUAAAAUCAAAGGAGAUUGACGAGAUACGUGGUAUUUUUCUCGACACCAAUUUAUACCUUCUGCUGACCACAUUAUUUGUUUCUGUUUUCCAUCUGUUGUUCAGUUUUCUGGCGUUUAAAAAUGAUAUUUCGUUUUGGCGUCGGUCAGAUAAUUCAGUUGGAAUUUCUUUACGAACUAUUGUGUGGAGAUUCGUCAGUUCCUUAAUUAUAUUUCUACAUUUAUGGGAAGAGAAAAGUAGCCUACUAGUUUCUGUUCCAAUGGGAAUAUCUACUUUGAUAGAAUUGUGGAAGUUAGGUCGAAUGACUAAAUUUUCUAUUAGUUUUUAUCAUGGUGUCCGAUGGGGUAAACGGUCGAAGGAGGAAGAAGCAACCGAUCAAUUGGAUGCACAAUUUAUGCGUUGGCUGAUGUAUAUUAUGAUUCCUCUUUGUAUUGGUGGUUCGGUUUAUUCCUUAUUUUAUCUACCACAUCGAAGCUGGUAUUCUUGGUGUUUAGAGACUAUGGUUAAUGGUGUCUACGCUUUUGGAUUACUAUUAAUGACACCCCAACUUUUCCUCAACUAUCGAUUAAAAUCUGUAGCACAUUUACCAUGGAAAGCAAUGACUUACAAAGCAUUCAAUACUUUUAUUGAUGACUUUUUCGCAUUCAUUAUCGUAAUGCCUACAUCACAUCGUAUUGCUUGUUUACGUGAUGAUUUAAUAUUUUUAAUCUAUUUAUAUCAACGAUGGCUUUAUCCGGUAGACAAAUCACGUAUCAAUGAAUUUAGUGAAAUGACUGAUGAUAAUUUCCAGUCAAAGUCUACUUCUGAUGUUACAAGUUCUAACAGUGAUAAAGGGAAAUCUAAACUAGCAUGA